AAACGUUCAGGUGUUCGUUAUCGCGAUACUCGCGGUGACGUGCGCUCAGGACGCCACGUGACGACGCCGCACGGAAUGCUGGGAAACAAACAGUGGUAUGAAUAACGCUUGGCGUAAACAUCUCUUACCGACGCGUGCAGGAGCUCGCGGAGCGCACGUAAACAAGCGGCCCGGGUCAAACGAAGCGACGGUCUUUCGCGGCGUUUCCGGCCGCGUGAAGACAUGUGACGGUUUGAGCGGCGACAGCGGCGGGACCCCGGAGCGGAGCGCUGCGGCGAGCUGCGCCCGGACUCGGGAAAGUUGAGCGUGCGUGUGAUUUCUCCGUGAGACGGGAGCGGUCUGAGAGCGGUUUUGUUCCCCCGAUGUCGGGACCAUGGCGUUCAUAAGCGAGCGACGGCUGCCGCGCCGGUUUCCCGAGUCCUCGAAGUGGCACGACUCCGCAUCGGUCUUCCCGAGAUAAGUCACUAGAUCAUCGAGCGCAGGACCGCCGGUGUUCGCUUUACGCGGAAAUCGUCGCUUCGCCAGAGGAGCCCAAGUUCGAGCGACGCGUAGCCUGCAUCCGGGGGUCAAGGUUUUGGACUGGUCCCGUCGAUCAAUCCAGCGGGGUCUUAUGAAGUCGGGAUGAAUAUGUGGGGCUCGGGGCCGGUGCAGGGUGUGCUGAAAGCCCUCAAGCACGCCGCGGGGAGAGGACACCUCCAGCUGAACCGCUGGCUGCAGCGCACCCCGGACCCGCUGGACUGCGACAAGAUCGACAUCUUGAUCUGUAACGUCUUUGACGAGCGAGGGAACGCCGGGAAACCGGAGGCCGAGCCCGCGGGUCACGCCGAGCCCGGCGCGUCCUUCGCUCCCGAGUUCAGGCAUCCGUGCUGCAUCACCACCUGUUGCUUUAAAAGCGCCCUGCUGGCGUGCGUCCUGACGGCCGUGUGCUUCUCCUCCGUGGCCCUGGCGCGCCAGUACCUGAAGGACGUGUUGCUGUGGGUGGAGAGUUUGGACAGCUUGGUGGGAGCCAUGCUCUUCAUAGUGGGCUUGAUCGCGGUGUCGUUCCCGUGCGGCUGGGGCUACAUCGUGCUGAACGUGGCCGCGGGCUACCUGUACGGGUUUGUGCUGGGCAUGGGGCUGGUGAUGGUCGGGGUUCUGAUCGGGACUUUCAUCGCUCAUGUGGUGUGUAAGAGGCUGCUGACGAACUGGGUUCUGGGUAAGAUCGGCAGCAGUGAACAGCUAAGUGCUGUUAUUAGGGUGGUGGAGGGUGGAAGUGGACUCAAAAUUGUGGCCUUAGCGAGACUCACGCCGAUUCCUUUCGGCCUCCAGAACGCGGUCUUCUCGAUCACGGAUGUGUCCUUGCCAAAUUAUUUAGUGGCUUCCUCAGUGGGACUUCUCCCAACACAACUCCUUAACUCGUAUCUGGGCACCACCCUGCGCACAAUGGAGGACGUGAUCGCAGAACAGAGCGUCAGUGGAUACUUCGUGUUUAGUCUACAGAUCUUCAUCAGCAUAGGCCUGAUGUUUUACGUGGUACAUCGAGCACAAGUGGAACUGAACGCCGCCAUUGCAGCCUGCCAGUUAGAGCUGAAGACGUCCUACAUGAACGGCGGAGCGGCCAACCACGGCGGCUCGACCUACUGCAGCAAACGGGCUGCCGCAGGAGGCGGGAUCAACGUGGUUUGAACAUAUUUCAAUCCUUCAUCCUGCUGGACGGACGGAGAUCCGUCCCGGCUGUGUCAGGGAGUCUCGGGAGCUGCUACGGUCCCAGCCAGAUGUUCUGGUUCUGAUGGAGUCUGAUGUGGAGCGCCUCCGGACUGUCCGAAAGCCCAUCGUCACACUUUGAUGGAAACAUUGCCCAAAGAUUGGGACCCUGGGCCAGUAUUAUACGAGAAGUUUAUCAGAUUGACUUAAGAUAUAAUUGUUUUUGCGGUACAUUUUUCUUUUUAAAGUUCUUUUUUUAUGAUACUAAUAUAAAAUUAUAUAACUUUAUAGGCGGUCAGAAGCAUGAAAUGGGUAAAUUAAUUAAAGCAAAUGUUAUAGAAUUGUAGUUAGUUACUAAAGAGGGCCCAACUAAUAUAUCAGGUUAAUAUGCUUAAGAUAUUGGAGAGAUAUCUCUUUUUUUUAUUUUUCUUUAUUAUUUUUUUUAUUCAUAUGAAGGUAUUGUUUGAUGGAUUGUUUCUUUUCGUAUUAUGUCUAGCGUAUGAAAAACUAUUAUCUGUUAGUACCACCUGCGUAAAACAUUCUGGCUUUUGCCAAACUGGGAACACUUUUGCUACUCUGCAGUUUUGUAUGGAACAGAUGGGAGGGAAGGAAAUUUUCUUAGCUGGAUAUUUAAGGAUGUCCUGCCAAGAACCUUUAGUACAGCCUGAUUAGCUCAGCGGUAUGAUCGUACGCGUUCGAUUUCUCAUUCUCAUAUUGAGAGGACUAAAAAUUCUUUGCCUUCUUUCUUGUAUUAUUUAACCAAAUGCUUUAUUAUAGGGCUGUUAGCAUUUUUGACAACACUUGUUAAUUUAUUCAUCAAUUCAGAAAGUUUGCACAUGCGGAAUUUAUAACAAACUGAAUAUGUAAGAUAAAGAUGAAAUGGGACGAGUAAUUAUUAUAAAUGUAUUCUACAUAUUGAAUAUAUUUGUAUAAUUAUUCAAAGGUAUGUAUUUCUAUAAAUAUUUUCCCUAAAUUGGGGGGAAAUAUAUGUAUAUCAAAAAGGGAAGCAUUUUCAUAUGUUAGUACUUUAUAAUAUGUAAUGAACUUUGAAAUUCAGUUUUAUUCACAUCAGUCUAAUGGGUUGUUGGCACUUUGCUAAAGUGGCUCACAAUUGCCUACGAUGCAUCUUUUCAGAGUUUUUCUCAAAAAUGCACACCAGUGAAAAUUCAGCUCUUCACUUGAGCGCGGCAAGAACCGCUACAAAUAGCUGACAAAACUGCAAACUACAACUAAAAUGUUAUUACACGACUCCAGUCACGGUAAUGUCUGUCGUUCCCUCCUUAGAGAUUCACCUAAUUAGAAACAAAGACUCCUGAGCAUUGACUGGCGUAUUUGGGUCCCGGCUAUAGAAUUUAGCGCAGGCUUGUGUUAACGAGCUCAGAGCCGCAGUGAACUCUCAGCUUCCUCACCAGGGCCGUGAAAGCCCUCCGUGCGAGGGAUUUCACGCAAUCCCGGUGCUCAGCCUGUUUGUUUUUGUCUUCUCCUUGCAUUCACCCAGUACUCUACGACAUGGUUGUCCUGGCUGACUUGAAAUUGUACUUCGAGUCCAGCCGUUCUUGCUGUAAAUCAUUGCGGAGGUGACGAUUUGGUCAUUGUGAGCUUUAUUUUUUAACACACGCUCUCAAUGAUGGAUUUCCCAGUAAGUGAAAUGUACACUCGGUCGGUGGUGACUUCAUUUUCAGUGUCAUUUGAGACUCGCCGUUUGGUUUACAGCAUCAACACUAGAGCGUCACCAUAAUCUGACAAUCACUGGCUCGCUGCUCAUUCUGAAAAACCAUCUCAUCUUUCUUUAUUUACGUUUUCGGUUACUUUUUUUUUUUUUUUUGCGCUGCUACUUAGACUGUAGGGUCUGAGUGAAAUGCUGACAAGGGCUCGAAUUAAUAUUGCAAUUUUACUACAAAGUGAUCUACACCAUCUCAUUUUUCUUCUUACAUGGAGAUUUUUUCUAACUAGUUGUUACAAUUAUUUUGAAAAGCGCAGGUCUCUCUGUACACUAAUGGACACAUUCCUUAACUUAAAAAUGGGGACGAGUGAUUUUUUUUUAUUUCUCCCAAGGAAAUGGAAUAGCCCCUCUGUUUUCUGAAUUUAGCAAUAAAUAAAAACUGAACAUGCUGACUCACCAUCUGAGUUACAUUGUAGAGAUCCAACAAUCCUGGUCUUGUGUUACGAUGUCAACCUGCCUUGUACCUCUUGCUGCCUAAGACGUUGAAACGGGACACUUGCCUGCGGUGUGUUCAGACUCUAAUUCGAGCAGGCAUGGGGUCGCGGUAACUGAAAAAGCUGAAGAUUGUUGGGAUGUAAAAUGCAAAAAGAAUCAAAAUUGAACCAACAACAAAUUUGAGAAUAUGUAUCAGUGCUUUUGUCUUAUUUUUCCAGUUCAGAUGAUGGUGGGAUAUGCAACAGUGCGUAUAAUAGCAGAGGGGUCUUGUGAGGUCCUUGGCAAACCUUAAUCUGAGAUUACAGCACAUUUAAAAAAUAAAUAAAAUAAAAAUGUACACGUGUAAUUUCAGAUUAGGGCACAUCAGGUACUAUACUGAAACCUCUUGACCCCUUUGACAAGUGCAUUUUACAUACACUGUAUUUUGUAAUACAGAGAAUUUUGCAAUGUAAAUUAAUAUUUAUCGCUGUACCAUGCUUGUUCAGUGUUAUUUAUGAAUUAAAAGAAUUGUUGAAAAAUGA